AUGAGACCCCUUUACAUAUCCGUAGCAUUGGCACUUGUGCUCUCGAUAGGUUCAGCUUCUACCUCGCGUUCUUUUUCAUCUAGUGUCACAAGCACAACAUGCGACUCAAAGUAUCAACAAGUCGAUGCAUCCGGUGACUGUCAGUGUCUUGAUGGCUUUAGUGGUUUGGGCUGCCGCAUGUGCUCAGUGAAAGGUGAAAGUGACGCCUGCUCUGCUCUAGGCUCUGACUACUCAUGUGUCACUGGGUUCACGUACGACUCCACCUCGUUCAGCAAAACAUACACUUGUACGCUUUCCAGCGACCUGCAAGCACUUUUCAAAGACGGUGCUUUAGCUGUGAGUUGUGACCGUAAUGAACAAGGGACAGCGAACUGCACUGCCGCCGUCUACAAGUCCUCGGACACUGUUGACGGCGAUCACGCGAUUGAAUGUGCCAUGACACAGUGUUCCUUUGCUACGGGCAGUGCAAACGGAAAGUGUGGCGCGAUCACUUGCAAGUGCGGCGCGGCAUGCUCAGCAAUAACCAAGUCUCUAGUGGAGGGAUCACUGAGUGGUAAACCUGCCAAGAUUCAAGUGGCCGACGGAACGCAGGAGCUCACUCUCUUGAUCGAAGGCUCGCCGCUUCCGUUGUCUGCAACCUGCAAAGCGUCAGGCUGCGAACGCACGAAUGGAGGCACAAUCGACAUUAGUAGUACAACUACUAGUUCUGACGAGGACACGAGUGAUACACGUGGACUGUUGCUAGCUGUUGCAGCUUGUGCACUCUUGGCUGCAAUGUUAUUGUUGGGUUGCUGUGCUUUCUGCUGCAUCUGUCCGGUGGGCACUCGCCAUGAGGAGGAGGUCCUGGAAGCGGAAUUGCUGACAGUGACCUCGCGAUCAGUGAAGACACUCGAGUUUCGCAACGUUAGCUGCUUUGCUGGCGAUGACAAGCAGACGGAGACCAAGUGUAUUCUUGACAAGAUUUCGGGAAGUGUGUCACGUGGACAAGUGCUUGGUCUGUUGGGGCCCAGCGGUUCAGGCAAGACGACCUUGCUCAACGCACUUGCUAAGGUCCAAAACGGCAAUUCCAGGUUUGCUGGUGAGCUAUUAGUUGACAGCCACAAGGUGACGAAGGAGUACCGUCGUAUUGCUGCCUAUGUGCAUCAGGAUGACACAUUGUACUCUACUCUCACUGUCCGUGAAAGCAUUGCGUAUUCUGCUCAACUUCGUCUUCCCAUGUCGAUGACAGAUGCUGCUAAGAGCGCCAUGGUGGAUCGUGUCAUUGUUGAGCUGAAUCUUGACCACAUUGCAAAAUCUCGGAUCGGUUCGGUGGGAGGAAGCACCUCUGAACGAGGCAUUUCCGGCGGCGAGAGACGGCGUGUGAGCAUUGGUAUGGAGCUUGUGACUUCGCCCCAGAUUCUCAUAUUGGACGAACCCACGUCCGGACUAGACAGCUCAUCUGCUCAUUCAGUCGUGAAACUCAUUAAGGAAUUGGCUAGUCACGGUCGCAUCGUGGUGCUCAGCAUUCAUCAACCAAGUGCACGCACCUUUUUACUACUUGACAAGAUAAUCUUGCUUGGAAAGGGCCAACUGCUUUACAAUGGAGCACCAGCGGACGCAAAGGGAUCGUUUGAAGAUGUGGGAUUCAAGUGUUCUGACAAUGAAAAUAUUGCAGACUUUAUUCUUGACAUUGCGACCGACGUGGAGAAUCUACAGGCGAUUAGAGCUCGUCGGGGCAGUGGAGACUUUGAGAAAAAUACGGCGUUCUCGGUACCUUCCAGCUCGCAACCUCACCCGGACAAUUUUUCUUCAAAUAUCCCCAUGAACAGUCCUUCUGCGUACGAACCACAAUCAUCGCCGUUUAUGAUGAAGGAAACGUCGAAAUCCAAUAGCUUGGUCGCUUCGAUCCAAUUGACGAUGCUUGAGAUUCGCGUGCUUUUCAAACGAACUGCUCAGAACAUUCUUCGUCUCCGAUCGCUGUUGGUAUUGCACGUCGUGCUAAGCUUAGCGUUAGCGCUAUUUGGUGGAUUGAUCUUCAACAAUGUCACGGACGACCUCGCGGGAUUUCAAAACCGCAUGGGUGCUUUCUACUUCACCUUGACGUUUUUUGGUUUUGCGAGCAUGAGUUCCAUGGACGUGUUCAUCGGUGAGCGUCAGAUUUUCCUCCGCGAGACUGGAGCCAUGUACUAUGGCGCAUUUAGCUACUUUCUUGCCAAGACGACAUUGGACACAGUAUUUCUACGAGUUUUACCUGCAUCGCUCUUUGCGUGCAUCUUUUACUGGAUUAUGGGACUACAAGCUGCAGUGGAUCGUUUUCUACUUUUCUGGCUUACUGUGGUGCUCUUUAAUGUUGCGGCGGGCUCCAUUUGUCUCCUUGCGGGAGUACUCGCAAAACGUGUGGGUACCGCGAAUCUCGGUGCUACCGUUGUGCUUUUGAUUAUGCUAUUGUUUGGUGGCUUCCUGCUUAACUCUGGAACGAUGCCAGGAUCGGUUGGAUGGUUAAAACACCUGUCCAUUUUUGGGUAUGCGUUUGAAAUCCUCAUGGCAAAUGAGCUCGAGGGGACUACUUUAUCUUUCAAUGCACCGGGAUACCCAGCUAUUCCCGUGUAUGGUGAAGUAUAUCUAAAGACAUUGGGCAUGGACUACACUCAACGAUACUACGACGUGGCGGCACUUGCAUUUAUUGCUAUCAUUCUGCAGGUUUUUGCCUAUUUUUUCUUAUUGCAUCAAGUGCCAUCGCAACGCGAUAUGGCGGAUUUUGAUACACAUGUUGGGGCUGUCAAUUCGACACGUAAGGAAGAAUGA